GGCUGUUGGGCCCGAAUUGUUGUGGUGAAGUUUUUUAGAAGGUUCACGUGAGCACGGAAAUCUUCCUGUGUUUGAUUGCAUUAACAGGGAUCUUGACAGUAAAAUGGCAACAAAAAGAGCUCUUCAUUUUGUGUUUAAAAUUGCUAACAGGAAAGCUACUACAGAUUUCUACAGGAAUGUCCUCGGAAUGAAGAUUCUGAGACAUGAGGAGUUUGAAGAAGGUUGCAAAGCAGCUUGCAAUGGGCCAUAUGAUGGAAAAUGGAGCAAAUCUAUGGUUGGAUAUGGCCCUGAGGAUGAUCACUUUGUAGUAGAGUUGACAUACAACUAUGGAAUAAAGGAGUAUAAAGUUGGAAAUGAUUUUCAGGGAUUAAGUAUUUAUUCAACAGACAUCAUUCCAAAUGCUAAAAAGGUUGGAUAUCAAUUUUCUGAAAUGGGUGAUGACAAGUAUUUACUUCAAGCCCCUGAUGGAUAUAAAUUUUAUGUGUAUAACAAAGAAAAAGAAGGAUCAGACCCAGUAAAGAUGAUCAGUUUAGGUGUUUCAAACCUACAAAAGUCAAUUGAUUACUGGAAUGGUAUCCUGGGAAUGAAUAUUAUUAACAAAUCAGACAAGAAUGCUGUAUUAAAUUUUAGUGACCAGCAGUGUAGUCUUGAACUUAUUCAACUUGAAGGACCAGUGGAUCAUGCUACAGCCUUUGGCAGAAUUGCCUUUUCUUGUGUCAGCAAAGACCUUCCAGCAAUUGAGCAAAAAGCAAAAGAUAGUGGAAACACCAUAUUAACACCCCUUGUGAGUUUGGAUACUCCAGGGAAAGCAACAGUACAAGUUGUCAUUUUGGCUGAUCCAGAUGGACAUGAAAUCUGCUUUGUUGGAGAUGAAGCAUUCAGAGAGCUGUCUCAGCCAGACCCAGCAGGAGAUCAUUUAAUCAAUGAGGCCAUCGAGAAAGACAAAAGUGAUGAGUGGUUUGCCAAGAAAAAAACAGGACAGUAAAAUACAAAAAUUUGCAUACCAUUUGUUAUCUAGCUGACUUUUUUGCUUUUUCUAAGGAAACUAAAAUUGAUAUCAUGGACAUUUCACGAAAUGAAAGAUAAAUAAUUAAUCCCAAUGUUUCUUAGAAGCAUUUGGCUCCUUAUUUAAUUCAAAUUCAUACCAUUUUAACUUUUCAAUGUCAUCUAUACAUGACUCUUCUUUGUAAAGGUAUCUUUUACAAACAAACUUCGUGGCCUUUUGUAUAAAGCUUAAACAUUUGAUAGCCCUUAUAUAUAGAAGGCUUUUCAAAUUUGCUGCCAAAUACUAACAGCACUUGGUACUGCAUGCAAAUAACAUGUUUUAUCAAAAAACAUGCACUAGGAAUCCUCUAAUUAUCAAAGAAUUAUAUAAAGAGUAACUUGGUGGUUCUGUCAUUCCAAACUAUGGAGAAUUCCUUAUAAUAAUUAUUAUGUCCUUGAAUUUCAUCUCUGUAUCUCUGUUAUGAAUUCAAAAUAUGUUAUUAUUAUAUUGAGGGUAACAGUGUAUGGAAUGAUUGAAUGUAGAUCUGUGGCUGUGGUGAGAAAGUAAAACUUGUUGUAGGACAAAAUGUAGCAUUUAACUUGGCUGGUACAGAAAGAAGCUUUUCAGAAUAAUAGAGGUAGAUAAAACAUUGAAUAAUGGGUGGGAAAUCAAAUUGAACUCCUACUUCUGAACUUUACAACAGCUUAGCUAUCAUUGGCAGAAAUAUGAGGGGUGAGGGGGCAGUCACUCACCCCCAACCCCCAAUACUUUGGAGGGCUAUGAUCUUUUGUUUCAAAGCAAUAGGAAAUUGUGACAUCAUCUUAUAAAAACAAUAGGCUUGCCCCCCAAAAUUUGAAAUUGUGAUGUUUUGUAGGCUUAAAACAUGAGGAAUAACCAUCAACACCAGAAGCAUUUUCAAUCUAAUGCUUUCCUUUGAGUUAAUAGGGUACAAGUAUCCUGUACCUACACUUCAAAUGCCCCUUUGGGGAAACCUCUGUUUUGCAACCCUUUAUUUCUGAAUGUUGUUGUGGAACAACAAAACUAGUUGCUCCAAAUGGUUCUUCAAAUAAUAGCUUUUCUUUGAAAUAGGGUCCAUAAUUGAAGUUAUGCAAAAACAAUGGUUAUAUAAAAGCCUCUUUCUCAUUCUGGAAUUACAACUAAAAUCUGGUCCAAAGUAAUUGAUUUUCAAAGACAACAUGAACUCAUAGAGGAACCUGAGAUUGUGCAAUUUUAUAAACUGUUUUAUCUUGCACUUGCACUAGGGCUUAUCCAGCAAUUAUGGUGUAGCUAAGUUUGGAAAUUUUAAUCUAGAGUUUCAAUAUGCAGGCUCUAAUCCAGAUCAGAUACAGAUGGAAUCAAAAAAUUGAUUUUAGCAUUUUAAAAACAUAUAGUUAUUCAAUAUUAAAAGGAUAAAAUAUUCAAUUGUAUUAACCAGAUUUACUUUCUGUUGAAAUCUUUUAUUCAGCCUGCCUCAAAACGUUAUUGUUUGUUUUAUUCUUUAUCAAAUGAAAAAAUUACAUUGAGAUAAAAGCCACUAAUAAGAAUAAACUUAACUUAAAGUAAAUUCAUAACUCUUUGUUUGCCAUUUAGGAUUGGAGAUGUCCAUUGCAUCCAUCAUUGUUUUUUCAAGAAAUGUAACUUGAUUCUCAUUAUCAACCAAAAUGAUUGUUAUUGUUCUGAAACAUAAAAUAUAAGUGUUUAGGUGGUUUGGGUAGAUAAAAAAGAUUCCUGGAAGGUGAUCAAGCACUUGAGAAUCUUGGAGAAGACAAAAAGGCAAGCUGUGAGACCUAGGAAAAUGCAGUGAGAUAUACUGAGUGAAAGCAGAUGUGGACAGAAUGAGAUUAAGAAAAAAGACUGCUGAUAGUCUUUGGUAGAAUUAGAGUUAACAUGAGGGUGUGAGGUUAGCCCUGGUACAUAGGGAGAAAAUCAAUUGUAAAUUGAAUUAGGAAUGAUGAUGGUACAAGUACCAAAUUAAAUGCAAUUUGAUAAAUUCUAAAGCCUUUACCUUGUGCCAUACAUAGUCUUGGGUACAGAAACAAAUAUAGCACUGAGUGGCACUGCUAUUUCUUCAUCCAAAUGCAGGUCUGAUCCACCAUGAUUUGGGUAAUUUCUAAACAUGAAAAAAUAAAAGAUCCACUGAUGGGAGGUAUUUUUUGGGAAAGCCCUACAACUAUUUACAAUUACCUUUUGUAUUGUCUUGAUUGACUAGAAAACAUUUCAAAUUACUGGGAGCAAAAUAUUUCUUUUCCAGAAAAACUGCAUUUAAAGCCAGUGUAGUCUUCCAAAUUUCGAUCUGGCAAAUAUCUGUCAUUGCCUAAGUCACCAGGCAGUCUGUCAUGCUAAAUAGGCAUCCCCUGUAGGGGGUCCUUCACAUUUGGUGUGAUCACUAUAGUUUCAUGUGGUUUUGGCCAAAACUGUUUACAACUUCCCCUUGACAAAAUUUACCACAAGGUAAUUACAUUUGAAAAAUCUUAGGCCCACCAAAAGCACAAAUAUUGUGACAAGUAUUGGGUACAUAUAUCAUCAUAACUUGGUGCUUUUAAAGGCAGUGUGUCGCGCUGUUCAUUAGCAAUUGAUUGUUGAAUUUCAAGGGUCCUCAAAACUAGAGAAGCGUGACAAGUUAUAUAACUGAUCAAUAGCAAGUAAAAGACAUCUUUUGUUACGAAAUGAAAACUCACUGUUUCAAAAAACUAAUGACUGGCAUGACAUACUGCCUUCAAUGAUUAUCUGUAUUCCAGAUCAGGAUAUAAUUACUUUCUUAAAAAUCCAUUCUACUUGAUUUAUUUCACUGGCCUUGAAGUUUGCUGCAGUUUCUUUGUAAACAACUUACAUUUCACCAUUUUCCAUCAACUCAAGCAGUUUUUGUAUAAGCUCCUCUUUUUCAAAAUCAUUGCUAACAAUUUCUUCAAAUUUCUUUUUGCCCUUCUGAACUUUCGUCCAAGAACAAUUCAGUUCUGCAUUACUUAAUCCAUGAACACCUAUGAAAAUUAUAGAAUUAUUUGCUGAAAAUGAAAUGCACUUAUCUGGAAAUGUCCUUAAAAGUGACCCUGAAAAUGUCACUUUUUUUCUUAAUUGGAAGUGUCACUUUACAACAACUAGAAAAGUGUGCUUCAAUGUUGUAGUUUUUCUCCUCUCUACUAUCUCUCUUGAAACAAUUUUGCAAUCAUGCUCAUACUAAAAACAGAAAAGCCAAAAAAUUAUUUUCAGGAAUUAUCAUAAUAAUUUUAAAAUAAUUGGAUAUUUAAUGAAAAGCUUUGAUAUUUAGAUUCAAAACAAAAGCUUUUGUGGAAAGCUGUUUUGGGAAAAACAAAGGAGGGCAUGGUCCUGAACAAGAACUGUCUACAACCUCCCAAAAUCUACAAAACCCUAAAACAAGUUCUGUUGAUAAUUUAAUAUCCACAAAUGGAGUUAGAUACCUGGCUCCAGUUCAAAAUCCUUCUCGGUCAUCUUAACUGCAUUUGAUCCAUAAUAGAAAUUGAAUCCAGAAUUCUUUGUAAAGUUCCCUAGUAAAAUGUUGUAGGGGGAGUAUUCUUUCUCAGAAGCCAUUAAUUCAUGCACAUAUGAUUGUGGGUGCCGAUUCUCUGUGAGAUAAUUGACCACAAUUUGUCCUCUUGGUUUUAGUACUCCGCUGGCAUUUUUCUGCAAAUGAUCUGCCUUGCUCCGAUAAUUCGUUAACAUACCAACUUUGCCAUUCCUUGACAUUCCAAGCCAUGUGCCACCCUCUCUCCCUUUCGUAAGAUCCUGUCCUAGUGAUGGAGAAGAAUCGUCAUCCAUCAGUCACGAACAACAGGACUAGAAGUCCCCUAUACGGAAUCUUUGAUUUUCAAAUCAUUAAGCAAAAAACAUACAGGUACAUUUUUGCCGGGUAAAUUUAAAUUAUCUGCUAGCUGGGCCACAACAACGUCUCACCUCCAAUCACGUGUUCUUGGUUUUCCCAGAAAUCUGCAGGUUUAGACGGACGAUGAAAAAAUUCAUCUCGGUUUGCUGCAAGAAUGAGCCAAUAUUUUGAUAUUUGCAGGUUAGGGCUCUUCAAGAAUUGCAGGAAUACUAUGCACAUAUCAAAGUUGGCAAUUAACCAAUACUGGCUUACAAGAGCGUCCCUUUUCCUUUGCUAGGCCACAAAACCUCGUUUUCAUUUUGCGGGAAAAUUAUGCGGAUAUUGCUGUCCUAUAGUAGAUUGCUAGUUGAUAGGUAUGAAAACCGCAAAACGACGACAGCACUCAAAUGUAAUAUGAAGAAAAAUUGCUGACCUAAACUAUCUUCCUUCAUAGUUUUCCGUGACAAAGUUUAAGUAACAUAUUAGGCUGUCAAUUUUGGUGGGAUUCCUAACAUUAGUCUUUCUAACAUCUAAAAUUUCUAGCGUUCUAAAAGGAGGGCAGAUUUAUCAAAUUCCAGCUGAAGCGUGGCUGAGCAUACCAACUUGGUUACAAUCAAGCACCAACCAUAGAGAUUGGUGUCUCAUCCAUUAGCUUGCAAACUGUGAAAAGUUUGCAAACCGUUUUUGGAAACAAACUGGGUCUGGUUGCGUCAAUUUAGAACUUUCGGAUGAUUAACUCUCUAGAUUAACCAUUUAUAAUAUUUCAAGCUUCAAAAGAAAAAAUCCUGUCUAAAUAUGAUAAAAUGUUAAUCGCAUUAAUGGUAGGCAAAUAUCUGCCUAAAUACCCCCCCCCCCCUGCACUUCGUCGCUGUUCAGGAGAUUCUAAAUCCUCAGUACACGAGAUAGCUGAACGAAAAAUGGGUCCGUUUUUUAGCGACCUGUUCUUGAGCAAACUGAUCUAUAAUGAUUAUACACAUGUUCUGGUAAAUAUAAAUCUAUUUGACUCCAAAUUUUAAACGAUCAAUUAGAAAUGCACAUCAAGUAAUAUUUACAAAAGAAAUAACGCAGUGUUUUAUUUACAAUUUUAAAUCUCGAGAAAAUCUAAAUGAAAGUUUAUCGAUCUCCUUUGUGCUAGAGAUCUUGUUUGAUCCUCUCAAUAGAGUGAAGCCUAUAUAGCUGAUUAGCAAGGGUUCGCCAGGAUUCUUUGUUAAUCAGCUAUAGAAAGUAUACGAAAAGUACCUGCAUUGAAUAGACGCUGUAAUGAAAAACUUCCAAUAAACGAACGUUUUUAAAACUAAUUAACAAAAAGAGAUUCUUUGAGGGUCCAAAUCUGGUUUAAAACGACAAAAUAACCCUCAGAACGCGGGUGCAUGAGUUCGUAAAAAGUGGAUGCACUUCUGCAACGAAGAAAAAAGCGAUCAAAACCAUAUAAGCAGUUUUGAAUGCGUUUGGAACAGCAUUUGAGUUCCUUUUCAUUUUCAGGACUGGGAGGACAAACAAUGAAGUUGCUGGCAUCUUUCAAAUUACAAUGAAGUCCAUUCACUUCUUAGUAUUUUCAAUGACCAAAUGAAAUCAACCUGCAUUCUCUUCGUGUUUGUAAAAGACUUCGCUUCAUUUAACAGAGAGGAAAAUAUGACCUCAUUCAUCAGCAACUUCUUCGCCGACAUCUUCAUCUGGACAACAC